AUGUCGGAAUCUCCCAAACAAACUGCCAAUAACAUAUUUGCUGAAGCAAUCUCAAAGCUUAUGGCUGAAGAUACAAAUAAAUCUUGCAUUGGAAAUCUCGCACAAAUCUCACAGCUUUUAGUAAAAAUCGAUUCUCAAGUUCCAGGCGCUGCAGAAGCACUUCUGUCUGCAAUCCUUACUAAUUUCAGACAAGCUUAUAAUUAG